CACUAAUAGGAAUGCAUAGUGAUUAUUACUAAUCAUAUACAUGUGUAUUAGAUGUCUGGUAUUUACAAGUGUUGUAGCAUAUCUUUUUUAUUUUUUAAUGUUUUCUUAAAUCUUAUGGAUAUAUGUCUCGAAAAAAAAUCGAUGGACGGCUGAUUUUAUUUUUUCUGUAUAUUUUGCAUCGAGAAGCUGCCUUGAAAGAACAAAAGAUUGAGCAUCACGUCUGAAUCGUUUCGGAAAGUGGGCAAUGUGGUUCAGUAAUAGUGAUCGUUGGAACUUUUCCAUGGAUCGAUUAUUCUUCGAGCUUAUGGACGAAUGUAAAUAUCUGGCACCAGGAGCGCAAUUGACUUAUGCUGUGAGAAAUCGUUUAGAGAAAUACAAGAGAGAAGAACGAAAAAUAAUUGUAUCUCACAUGAAAGAUGGCUGUGCUCCAUUGUUUAUUGCUUGCAAGAGGGGACAUGUGGAGAUUGUCGAAUAUCUUUUAAAGAAAUGCGACGCCGACAUCGAACAAAGAGGAAAGUAUGAAGUACCCGACGAUGGAUCAGUUCACUGUGUCACGCCAUUAUGGUGCGCUGCGGUAUCUGGGAAUUUGGAAGUUAUAAAAUGCCUUAUAUCCCAUGGAGCUGAUGUGAAUGCAGUCUCUGAUUCUGGAUCCACUCCUGUUAGAUCUGCAUGCUUCAUGACACAUAUGGACAUUGUUUCGUAUUUAGUGGAAAAUGGCGCCGAUAUACUAAAAGCAAAUUACAAUGGCGGAACAUGUUUGAUAAAUUCUAUACAAAGUAUGGAGUUGUGCACUUUUCUUUUGGAACACGGCGCGGAUGUGAAUGCCACGGAUAUUCAGAACAAAACUGCCUUGCAUUACGCCAUUCAGGAACACAGAUUUCGAACUACUAAACUGCUCUUAGAACAUAAUGCAGACCCUCAUAUCAGAUCUCGAUAUAAUGAUGAUGCUCUUCAAACUGCUUGUCUUAAAGGAGCUAUUCAGAUAUUCGAAUACUUAGUGGAAAACGUAUCAUAUUCCGCGGAAAGAUUAGCAGAUGCAAACGAACUAAUGGGAUCCACGUUCUUCGAUGAUCAUAGCGAUACGCAUAUGGCGUUACAAUAUUGGAGGGCCGCGAUAGUCCUCAGAAUAGUCAACUCGAAUGAUGGAGUGCCUUUGCCAAAAAAACCUGUAUUACCAAAACGCGAAACUUAUAGAAAUGCCGUGGAAUUUUCAACCUUGGAAGAGUUAAACGCCAUUUCGUUUGAUUUAGAUGCAAUAAGAAUACAAAGUUUAUUGAUAUGUGAAAGGAUAUUAGGUCCACAUCACAAAGAUACUCUCUUUCGACUGAUGUUUAGAGGUGCAUCGUAUGCAGACUCUUUAAGAUAUCAACAAUGUAUAGAUUUGUGGCAUCGAGUGUUAGAAAUUAGAAUUGAAAAAGAUUCAAUUUUAUAUGCAGAUACCUGCUUCACUGCACAAGCUCUUGUAAGGCUUAUGGUGGAUCUAAAUGAAAAAACAUUGGAAGUAAUAGAUCGUAAUCGAGAAAGACAAGAACCGAAAUUUUGUGAUGUAGUAGCGAUAUUUAAAUUACUCUCUAGCCAGCUGACGGAAGCUAGAGAAUUAUUGGAAAAACGCCCUGUUCAUAAGAGACAGAAAGACAAUUAUGAACGUAUUCUGAAAUGCGUGACGCAUCUUAUUUACCUUUUAGUAGAGAAAGCAAAAUCUGAUGAGCAGAAAGCUUUAAUGCACCAGAUAGUCCAUGGUUUAGUGAAACAAAACCCCAGAUCUGUUUAUAUAGAGGAUACGCUUCUUCAUCUUUGUGUUUCUAGUACAAAUACAAUCAACUCUAGUUACUUUACUUCUGCCGAUGAUAUACAUACGAUUUUUCCACGUUUGGAUGUUGUUAAGUUGCUCUUAGAUUGUGGAGCAUAUGUCGAUGCUAGAAAUACAUUUCGGUCGACCCCUUUACAUAUAGCAAGCAAUGCGUACAACUUCCACAAUGCUCUAAUAAAAUUGUUGUUGGAUUAUGGCGCACACUUAGAUACGCCAAAUAGAACGGGAGAUACACCAUUACGACUGAUAUCCUCUAAUCCACAAAAUAACGUGAAUCUCCUUAAUUAUACUAGUCUUCAAUGUCAGGCCGCGCAGGCUGUUUGUAAAUAUGGAAUCUGCAGUAAAGAAUUACCUAUUACAUUACGUCAUUUCCUAGAACUUCACAGAGAAUAAACCUGAUAAUUUAUAGUAAGAAUAAUUUUUUCAAAUUAUAUUAUACUUAUUGAGAGAUAUUUUGUCAUAAUUCCAAAAUAUAUGACAAUAUCAAAGAAUUCAUAUAUAAUGAUGGAACACAAUGAUAUAUUAAUUUAUAUAAUUCAUAUUCUAAUUAUAAGCAAAUUAGAAAAAGAGAUAAACAUAUAUAAUGUAAAAUAGUGAAAUAUAUAUACCAAUCGAAACUUUAAGUAUGAAGAAAGUACUAUUUUUAGAGUGCUAACUAUACUGUUAACAUCUUGUUAUCGAAAAAUGUAUCAGUAAUGAUAUAUCAUGCAAAAUGUUAACUAUGAUAUAAAUGUAAAUACAUAGCAUGUGCGGUUUUUAAAGCAUUAAAAGACUGAAAGAAAAGAAAAUAUUUCUAUAAAAGCUGAUUAUCCCAAUUAGAUAUUUUGCAUAAAACAUUGUUUUUUAAUACAUCUGUAUAGCGAUUCAUAUAAUUUAAUUAAGUAUUGAAAGUUCUUGCUACACAGCUUUUUGAGCUAUUACAAAUGUUUGAGAGAAAUUUGUAUUCAAAUAUUGUCACACAUACUAUACUGUCUACAAAGUAAAAGAGAUGGCACCAAUAUGAUGUUUUAUCAUAGAAAUAUUGGAGUUUUUCUAAUUUUUCCAGAGUUAUCAGGUUUUUCAUUCUGAAAUAUCACAAAUAAUAAGAGUUUGCUAGAAAAAAGCACAUCAGCUACAAUUUAUUCUAUUCUAAUUUAAUUUAAUUUAUUAAUUAACUCAUCUACCUAAGAGAAUAUAUUAAAAAUAAUCGAAAAUAUUGACUAUUAUUGCAUGUGAUACUAUUUUAUAAAUACACACUUGUUUAAAAUGGAAAAA